AUGGAAAACGUGUUCGACAACAAGAAGGAGCCGUUCGUCGGGAUGCGCGUGUUCAGCUGCGCUUUUGGAGAGGAUAAAGUGGCACACGAGGGGGGGGAAGAUGAUGAGCAGGUGGCCCUUGGCGGAGAGGGGACAAAUGCCGAGCAGGUGGCCCACGGCGGGGAGGGGGCAGAUAACAAGUCCAGCUCCUCCGGCACGCAGCCGGACAAGCAAGUGGCGGACGAAAACCUAAUCAAGUACCUCUUCAACGAGCAGAUAAAGGUAAAGGUAGGCACGGUGCGCUUCAUCGGGACGCUCAAGAAUCACCCGCACCCGAACACUACCUUUUACGGGAUCGAAUGGGACAACAAAAGGGAGGGAAAGAACUUUGGGGAUUUCAACAGCGACGUUUACUUCUUCCCGUUGCACCUGCUCACGAGGGAGAGAGCAAAGAGGUGCUACAAUGUGGGAGACCGCCCCUUGGAAGAUCACCCCUUGGCCAACCGCAAAUUGGCCGACCGCACAUCUGGCAUACCGGCCGAGGAAAGCCAAAAACUUGUGGAGGAACUGCGCUCCUGCAAGAGGCACCUAAAGCCGUGCUCAUUCCUGCCAGUGGAAAAAAUACACGUAGGGUUGACCUUCUUUCAAGCCCUGCAUUUUCGGUACACAUAUUUCUUCACCGAUUCGGAUCUCUACGUGGAGGAUUACCAGACGAAGAAGACCAAGAGGGUUCAAUUUAAUGGAAUAACUGAAGCGAGAAAUUACUUCCAAAACUUCCAUCAACUGACAAACAUAACCCUAAACAAGUACCUCAUACAGACCUGCGGGGCACAUAACAACGUAGCGUUUCACCAGCUCCGCAGCUUGUCUCUCUGUGGGAACCUCCUCAGCCAGUGGAAGGACAUCUUUGAGAUUGUCAGCUUGGCGAAGGAGCUCUCCUACCUGAACGUGUCAGACAAUAAAAUGGAAAAGUUGGGUCUCCAAUCGGUUAGGGGCAGCUCUCCCUGUGGCUGCCCCUGUGGUGAGAGUGAAGAUAAAGAGGGACACCACCGGGGAGGAACCGCCGAACCGGGGGGGGGGCCUCCCAAAUGCAGCCACUGCAUGCAGGACCACCUAAUCAGAUUCGAACAGAUUAAAGAGCUAUGCGUUGACAACACGAUGAUCGACUGGGAAGACGUUCUAAUUUUGUCGUUCGUUUUUCCCAACGUGGAGAUACUGAGCUUGAAAAGGAACUACCUCACGAGCAUCCGCAUGAGGGACGUGGACCUGGUCAACUCGCCGGUGCUUCUCCAGUACGUCCAGCGGGACAGGCGUGAAGGGGGCGCUCCUCCCGAAGAGCCUAGUAGACUUUCACUUCGCGACACCGCGCAGCAAGGGGGGCAGGGCGCGCCCAGCGUGGAAUCAAACGAGUCGGCGAAUGGGAAAGCAAACGUGGCGAUGAACGUGCCUGCAAACGUGUCAGACGUGCACACCUUUAGGAAGCUGCACAAAAUCGUGCUCAACGAUAACUACCUGCACGAUUACGAAGACCUGUUUUGGUUCAUCCGCCAGGUGAAAUCCAUUCGGGCGGUGUUCCUGAAGAGGAACAAAUUCGCGGACAGGGACGACUUGGUGGCCCUUGCGGAGGGGGUGUGCUCAGGGGGGGGCCAAAAAGGCAAUCAGGGUGAGGAGGGCAAUCAGUACGAGGAGGGCAAUCAAAAUGAGGAAGACCGCGAAUGGGAACCCCGCGAAGGGGACCCCCCCCCCGACCGACUCCAACGGAUAAACGAAAGGUUCAGCCACCUGAAGGAGCUCCUGCUGGACGAAAACAAAAUCAAGAGCUACAAAACUCUGAGAGAUUUGUUCUACGCUUUUUACCACCUGGAGACGCUAAAUUACCAGAGGGGGAAAAACAAGUUGAAGGUGAAGAAGGACCUGCGGUUCGUAUUCGUGGCCAUCCUCCCCAUGUUGAAGACGCUGAAUCGGAGCCACAUAAACAAGAGCGAACGCAUAAACUCGGAGCGCUUCUUCAUAUCGCUUUACCAGAAGGACGACGUGGUCAGGGUGUUCAACGAGCCCGUGCUCGGCUGCCGCCACAGCGACCGUCUGGAGUGCCUGCACUACGAGGCUUUGCAGGACCAACCCAGCGCCGACGCCGCCAAAGGCAUGCAGAGCAACCUCAUCAACAUCACCAUCAUUCCCGAGUUUUUAAAUUCCAAAAAAUAUGAAAUUGUAAAGAAAAAGGUCAACAAGCACAUGAACAUAAAGGAUUUGAAGUACCUGUGCUCGCGCCUCUAUUCCGUCCCCCUCCCCAAGAUGCAGUUAUUCUACACGGACGAGAACAACCCCAUGUGCGUUGAAAUUGUGGACAGCAACUCGAGUCUGUACACCUACGGAAUUGACAACAACUCGAAGAUAAAAAUUAAAAUGGAGCAGUAG